AUGUUUACAGGAUUGGUCGAAGAGAUUGGAGAGGUCACCGAGCUCAACCCGCAGGAUGCGACCGGCGGCACCUCGCUGACCAUUGCGCUGCCCGCCUCGUCCUCGCUCCUGUCCGACGCCAUCCUGGGCGACAGCAUCGCCGUCAACGGCGUGUGCCUAACGGCCACCACCCUCUCGCCAGAGGCGGACCCGCGGCCCUCCUUCACCGUCGGCAUCGCCCCCGAGACGCUGCGCCUGACCGACCUCGGCGAGCUCAAGGCCGGCUCGCGCGUCAACCUCGAGCGCGCCGUCCGCGCCGACACCCGCAUGGGCGGCCACUUUGUCCAGGGUCACGUUGACAGCAUCGCUACCAUUACCCGCCGUGCCCCCGACGGAAAUGCCGUUACUCUGCGCUUCCAGCCCAAGAACCGCGACAUCAUGCGCUAUGUUGUAUACAAGGGCUUCAUUGCCCUCGAUGGCACAAGUCUGACUAUUACUGCCGUCAACGAUGCCGAGGCCUGGUGGGAGGUCAUGCUCAUCUCGUACACCCAGGAAAAGGUCGUUCUGGCCCAGAAGAAGGAAGGCGACAGCGUCAACGUAGAGGUUGACGUACUGGCAAAAUACGCCGAGAAGAGUAUGGCCGGAUACCUUCAGGGCGACCAAGGUGCGCUCAAGCCCAUUGUCGAAAAGAUUGUGCAAGAUCUAGUUGCCCAGGCCAUGGGGGCGCAUUCCGCAUAA